CUACCCCCGGGACUCCAACCCGGAACUAGCCUCCGCUCUGGCUCCCUUGGGAAGGCCGCGGCGCCUUGUCGGGAGUGGGAGCCUGGGCUGUGAGUGCGGAACCAAGUCUCGGGCAGAGGAACACCUUCGUCCUCAGGGGCCUCAGACCAGGUGUGCCCUCGGCGGGAAGUUGCACAUCUGGAAAGUACAGAGGCCCCCACCUCGGGUAGACUAUGGUGCCCCCGCGGAAUGUAGUGAAGAUCGCCGUCCAGAUGCGCGACGCCAUCCCGCAGCUCAUCCAGCUGGACCAGGCAAAACCCCUGGCCGCUGUGCUGAAGGAGGUGUGCGACGCGUGGAGCUUGCCUCACUCUGAGCGCUAUGCCCUACAGUUUGCUGAUGGGCACAGGAGAUACAUCACUGAGAACAACCGCACGGAGAUCAAGAAUGGCAGCAUCCUGUGCCUCAGUACUGCCCCAGACCUUGAGGCUGAGCGGUUGUUGCGUGGGCUGCAGAGCGAGAGUUGUGAAGGGCGCCGGGAAGCCCUUCAGCACCUCGUUCUGCUGGCCCCAGACAUGACCUUCACCCGGGAAGUCAUCAGCCGUGAUGGGCUUCAGAGACUAGGCUCCAUCAUUGAGGAUGGGGACGACCUAGGAGAGGUGCUGGCCCUCGCACUGAGGGCCUUCUUGGAGCUCAUGGAGCAUGGUGUGGUGUCCUGGGAGACGCUCAGCAUCCCCUUUGUUAGGAAGGUGGUGUGCUAUGUGAACAUGAACCUCAUGGAUGCAUCUGUGCAGCCCCUGGCCCUGGGGUUGCUGGAGAGUGUGACCUUGAGCAGCCCUGCCCUGGGCCAGCUGGUCAAGAGUGAGGUGCCACUGGAUAGGCUGCUGGUGCACCUACAGGUGAUGAACCAGCAGCUGCAAACCAAGGCCAUGGCACUGCUGACAGCUUUGCUGCAGGGGGCCAGCGCUGCUGAACGUAAGGUGGGUCACAUGCUUGACUACCUGUGGCAGAGAAACCUUCGCCAGUUCAUCUACAAGCACAUCAUCCAUAGUGCAGCGCCCCUGGGCGACGAGAUGGCUCACCACUUGUACGUACUGCAGGCCCUUACGCUGGGGCUGCUGGAGCCACGCAUGCGGACGCCACUGGACCCCUACAGCCAGGAGCAGCGGGAGCAGCUGCAGGCCCUGCGUCAGGCUGCCUUUGAACCGGAGGGGGAGUCCCCGGGCACUGGGCUGAGUGCUGACCGUCGCCGUUCCCUCUGUGCCCGCGAGUUCCGCAAACUGGGCUUCUCUAACAGCAACCCUGCGCAGGACCUGGAGCGCGUGCCCCCUGGCCUGCUGGCCCUGGACAACAUGCUCUACUUCUCCAGACACGCGCCCAGCGCCUACAGCCGGUUUGUGUUGGAGAACAGCAGCCGUGAGGACAAGCACGAGUGUCCCUUUGCCCGGAGCAGCAUCCAGCUGACUGUGCUGCUGUGUGAACUGCUCCAUGUCGGGGAGCCCUGCUCCGAAACUGCCCAGGACUUUUCACCCAUGUUCUUUGGCCAAGACCAGAGCUUCCAUGAGCUCUUCUGUGUGAGCAUCCAGCUGCUGAAUAAGACCUGGAAGGAGAUGCGGGCCACUCAGGAAGACUUCGACAAGGUCACGCAAGUGGUGCGGGAGCAGCUGGCCCGCACGCUGGCCCUGAAGCCCAGCUCCCUGGAGCUCUUCCGAACCAAGGUGAACGCGCUCACCUACGGGGAGGUCCUGCGCCUGCGGCAGACAGAGCGGCUGCAUCAGGAAGGCACACUGGCCCCUCCCAUUCUGGAGCUGCGGGAGAAGCUGAAGCCAGAGCUCAUGGGCCUGAUCCGCCAGCAGCGUUUGCUCCGCCUCUGCGAGGGGACACUCUUCCGCAAGAUCAGCAGCCGACGGCGCCAGGACAAGCUGUGGUUCUGCUGCCUGUCCCCCAACCACAAGGUGCUGCAGUAUGGGGAUGUGGAGGAGGGCGUCGGCCCGCCCACCCCCGAGAGCCUGCCUGAGCAGCUCCCUGUGGCCGACAUCAGGGCACUGCUGACAGGCAAGGACUGCCCCCACGUCCGGGAGAAGGGCUCGGGAAAGCAGAACAAGGACGUCUGUGAGUUGGCUUUCUCAGUCAGCUAUGACCACGGGGAGGAGGAGGCAUACCUCAACUUCGUUGCCCCAUCCAAACGGGAGUUCCACCUGUGGACAGAUGGGCUGAGCGCCCUGCUGGGCAGUCCCAUGGGCAGUGAGCAGACACGGCUGGACCUGGAGCAGCUGCUGACCAUGGAAACCAAGCUGCGGUUGCUGGAGCUGGAAAAUGUGCCCAUCCCUGAGCAGCCACCCCCCGUUCCCCCACCCCCCACCAACUUCAACUUCUGCUACGACUGCAGCAUCGCUGAACCUUGACAGUGAGGUUGGCCAAGGGCCACAGCUGCUGCCACUGUGGUGGCCACAAAGGGUGGAGGGGGGAGAAGCACAGGCACCCUGACCAGCAGAGGCUGCAGCAGAAAUAAAGUCUGCUUGGCUCUUA